AUGGCUGAACACGAUAAGAACUCCCCCGACUCCUCUCCUCCUCGCGCGCCGUCCUUCGACAAGUCCCUUACGGCCUCUCGCAAAGUCUCCCCGACCGGAGCUCCCCUCCCGUCCCCUCCCGAUUCUGCGGAGCGCGCGCGUGCUGGCCCUAGUGGUCUCCCGCAGGUCCUGGUCGAUGUUUUGCGUGAACUCAAAUCUGCACCUCGCGACGUGGAUUUCUACAAGACCGUCCCCCUACACUGGGAAGCGUUCAAGAGCGCCCGUGAGAAGAUCGAAGCGACGUUCCGUCGCUUUGACUACAAUCCGGCCAAGGGUGCGGCGACAAUCCGAAUGAACUCCCCGACACACGAUAGCUUCGCCUUGUCGGUCCACACGGCUGUCAUGGAUAAGCUCGGCCUUCUAAAGAAUGACGACAAUGCCACUGCGAAGUUUGUCAAAGACAUCCGACCCAUGGGGUCUUCGUGGGUCCUUCUGGAAGACCAAAGUCAGCCCGCCGCUCUGGGAGAUGAUGAAGACAAGCGAGGUAAGAAGGGACCAGACCUUCAAUAUACUCAUGUCAAGUCGCAGCACCCUGGCGUCGCCGUCGAAGUCGCCUAUACGCAACAAGGCAAGAAGCUCAAGAAGCUUGCCUUUGACUACAUCCGCGGGUCUGGAGGCGAGAUCCGAACCGUUGUUGGUUUCAACAUCAACACCCACAAAGAGUCGACUGUCUCGGUUUAG